CUCAUCCAUCUGACCUGCAUAAAAUGCCACUCAUCCAAAGCAGGUUCUUUCAUACAUUCACAGCUUCAGAGCCUUCGAGGUUGUCCAUCUCAGUCAGGUUCGUUGUUCACCAUCUGCAGCUAAAGUUGUCCAACAACCAAUGGCAGAUAAUCACCCCACAGACUGGAAGACUGGUCUCUUUGACUGCUUUGAGGACGCCAGCACUUGCUGCUAUGGUUUCUGGUGCUGUCCUUUCUUGGCUUGCACAGUAUCGGGAAGAUUUGGAGAGAACACGUGUCUCCCAUUGUGCGACAUCAUCAGCCCUGCCAUACUAACAGCCGGCGGGAUACCAGUGGUUGUUCCUCCAGCAGUCUUGUCUCUAAGGAAUGCCAUUCGACACAAAUAUAACAUCAAGGGUUCUCUCUUGAAGGACAUCGGUGUUUCCUGUUUCUGCAUUUGGUGCUCCUGGUGUCAGAUGCACCGUGAGUUAAAACAUCGCAACCAAGCCCCCACCACCGUCAUCAAUGUGCAGACAACCAACAUCAACUUACAGCCUAAUCCAGUGAUGAUGGCUCCAGCACCAGUUGCGUAUGUGAGCCAACCAGGCGUCUUCAUGGCGGUACGCUGACCGUCGUGGCUCGUCAUUGGUCUGUUGUGUUUGACGAAAAUGUGAUCAUGCUACUGUUUGUGUCACAUAUGAAGACACUUUGUGUGACUUGUAAUAAUCGUGACAAUUCUAGCCUGAUUAAUCCCCAAUGAUAAGCCUCAUUUGACCUCAAGAUAAAGUUACAAAUGAAAAUGUGUUACUUAAAAGGU